GUAAGAAGAGCUGCUGUCCUACCCUUGGUACCGACCCAACAAGUGGAAGACGUUUGGUUCAAUGCUCUUGAUGAAAAUGAGGACAACAGCCCAGAGGUUACCCGUUUCAAGGACUAUGUCACAGGAACGUGGGUGGAAGGACAGCAGCUGGACCUGUGGAACCACUAUGACAACACAGGGCCUCGUACAACUAAUCAUGUAGAAGGAUGGCACAGUAAAGUAAACAGGAUGUGCAAGCAUGCACACCCGAACAUUUAUGCGAUUGUAAAGUUGCUCCAGAAAUUACAGGCUGCUGACGAGGUUAGGAUGAUUCAACUGCCUGCUGGAGGAAAAUCACGUCCAAGAAAGAAGAAGUAUCGACGUUUGGAUGAGC